AUGCAGCUGGGCGGAGGAAAAGGCCAGAGUCCUCACGGAGGCCACAGGGUGGAAAAGUUUCCUCCACCGAAACUCCAUCACACACAAGAAGAUCCGGAAACUGUGGUCAACAUUCUGAGGCUACACCGAAAAGGUAGAAGCGGCCCAAGACCCGGGCGAGGAAGGAACAACAUGCGUUACAGAGGCAGGAGGGGCUCAGGCAAUCGGGGGUCGAGGGGACCACCUAGGAGACCCAGACGAUCACCAUCCAUCCCACCAACAGCCCCACCACAACUACCUUCACUCCCACCACCACCCCCACCUCAACAACCACCACCACCCCCACCUCAACAACAACCACCACCACACCCACCUCAACAACAACCACCACCACCCCCACCUCAACAACAACUACUUCAACAAACUUCCGCACUAGGCCUACCACAACGACACCCGUUUCCCGUCACCGAAUACAACCAAGAUCAACAAGCCUGCCACUCCCCCAAGCCCCUCAACAAAUCCCUCAACAAAUCCCACAACAAAUCCCUCAACAAAUCCCUCAACAACUCCCACUACGCCACUACAUCAUUCUCCAGCAUCAUAACUUCACACAUCGAGCCCCUGACGUGA